AUGUUCCAUACAUUCCAAACCGUUGCAGCCACAACAUCUCCCGAGGGCAGCGGGAGCGGCGAUACUUCUAAACCCUCAAAGACGGCAGCAUCUCGGCGUGUUUCUACCUCCAAUGCCUGUGUCGAGUGCAGACGGCGGAAGAUCCGAUGUGACGGCUCCAAGCCGUGUGGACAGUGCCAAUGGUAUCAGCAUCCCGAGGCCUGUACAUAUCAGAAGCCAGCGCAACGUAUAAUACCGUCCAGGAAACUGGUCGACCGACUCUCCAGCCAAGUGGAGCAGUAUAGGGCGAUUCUCCAGCGACUGUAUCCUCAGAAAGAUCUUGACUCACUGGUCGACAAACCUCGAGACGAGCUACUGGACCUCGCGCUAUCUACCCCAGCACUGAGCUCAGCUACGUCUCCGCCCGAGUCAAUCCCGCACUCCAAGUCUGACACCAACCCCAAGUCUGAAGGAGAGCAGAGCCUCGAGGCCUUGGAGCAAGCGCCCGAGGAAAAUCCACGAUGGGACGAAGCGCGGAAGCAUCAGGACAAGAUCCAAGGCAUCUCGGACGAUAUCAACGGGCUUUCCAUGGCUGUUGAUCGUCAUUCGUCCUAUGUGGGUAUCUCCUCCAUCACUGCUGCGUUCAAGGUCAUCGUCAAGGUCGCUCCCAUUGCGAGGCCGUUCAUCACCCAGAGCGUCAUCGACACGGCACAGCCCAGUCGAGCAAACAGCCCACCACCAGAGCUGCUAGACUUGAACCCCGAUGCAUUACCUCGCCAACAAGAUGCCCAGAAGCUCAUCGAAUGCUACUUUGAGCGAGUACACGUCUACUUUCCGAUGAUCAAUGAGCGGAAUUUCUGGACGACAUUUCUCUAUGGAGAACGGAAAGACUCUCCGUGGCUUGCCCUGCUGAACAUUGUAUUUGCUCUAGGAUCGCUAGCAUCGUCGACAUCGGACAACCAGAUGCAUUACGUCUUCUUUACCCGCGCUCGACAGCAUCUAUCUUUGGAGUCGUUUGGGUCCGGGAAUCUUGAGGUUUUACAAGCUCUGUCGAUUAUGAGCGGCUAUUACAUGCAUUAUCUGAAUCGACCGAAUGAGGCGCAUUCCCUGAUGGGUGGGGCAUUGAGGAUGGCGACUACUCUUGGCUUACAUAGAGAGUAUGUUGAGCCCUCUGGCGUAGUGGCGAAUCUCUACGAUUCGCAAAAGGCACAGCCAUCUGACGCGAUAUCUACUGAGAUGAGGCGUCGGAUAUGGUGGAGUCUAUUCUGCAUGGACUCGUGGGCGUCGACAACUACGGGCAGGCCAUCAUUGGGACGGAUGGGCGAUGCGAUCACUGUACAGCCCCCGAGGAGCUUCAUCGAGCAGAGCUACGUAUUUACACAGAUCAACAAUCCACAAAGCCUGGAAGCGUUGAAAAUCCUGCCUCUGAUUCACUUUAGUGAAUUCUGCAAGAUCGCGACCAGGAUACAGGAUCGUCUGAUUGAGAGUCCACUACUCAAGUUUGACGAGCUUUCACAAUUCGACUCGGAGAUUAGUCGAUGGCGCGACGAACUGCCAUCUAUACUGACAGACUUCAACGAGCAGUGCCCAGACUUUCUAAGGGUUAUUCGGCUCGUGCUGAAAUGGAGGUACCAGAACCUUCGGAUCGUCUUGCACAGGCCAACUCUACUGUCGUGCGCCCUUCGACACACACCCUUCUCAAUGCUGCCUGCGGAGGAGAAGGUGACGGUCGGGAAAUGUCGGAUCAUCGCCAACAAGACGAUCGAAGACAUACACAACGAAUGUCCUGCAGAUCUCAUCGCCGGCUGGAACGGAGUGUGGUUUGUGUAUCAGGCCUGCAUGGUGCCACUGGUCAGUCUCUUUACCGACGGCAGCUCGCCUGAAGAGGUCGAGCGCUGGAAGCACCAGAUCGAGACAGCGCUCAUCUACUUUAACAAAAUGCAAAGAUUCAGCAUCGCUGCCAAGAAGAGCGCGAGCGUGGUCUCGAAGCUUUACGAGGCGUUCAAUACAGCCCAGGCGGCCGCCGCAACCGCGCGACAACAGCCCCAGCAGCAGCAACAGCAACAACAGCAGCAGCAGCAGCACAUCCAACAAGGCCAACAACAGCAACAGAUGCAGCAGGGCCAAGAGUAUACUCAGUACCCCGAAUUCAACCAGUUUGGUAAUCCGAUGCAAGAGCCGUCGAUGCUGGCGGCCAUGGGCCAUGAUAUGGGCAUGGGCAUGUGGCCUCAGGCCGCAGACACGGGCAAUCUCAAUUCGUUCUGGGAUGGAAUGAUGUGGGAUACGUCAUUCCCGGACCUGCCGGACCACGAGUACAUGCUCGGCGACAUGGACUACCAGGCAGCGGCCCAGGGCCAGCAGAUGUGGAGAUAUGACCAUCCGCAAUGAUCUGGUGGGAAAAUGGGCGCAUGAGUAUUUUUUGGUUAUGUUCAUGAUUGUGUAUGUAUAAUGCGAGUUAGAUGCAUCUUGGAGGGAAAAACGGGGGGGAAUUGCUCCAAGCAAAUGGAUGCUUGGCUGCGGGUGUCAAGGGGGUGUUAUAUGGAAGAAUUUUCAACAACUGCAAGCUAUGCGAUUGAGUGCCUGUAGCACUGAUUAUAU